CACCGGGCAGGACUCCGGGCAGCGGCACACCGGGCUGGACUCCGGGCAGCGGCACACCGGGCUGGACUCCGGGCAGAGGCACCAGGCGAAGCAGCAGGCAGCGGGCCCCCGGGCGGAGCAGCAGGCACCGGGCCCCCAGGCGGAGCAGCAGGCACCGGGCCCCCGGGUGGAGCAGCAGGCACCGGGCCCCCGGGCGGGGCGACCGGCGUCGGGCCCCCAGGCGGGGCGGCGGGCGCCGGGCCCCCAGGAGGGGCGACAGGCAUCGGGCCCCCAGGCAGGGCGACAGGCAUCGUGCCCCCAGGCGGGGCGACAGGCAUCGUGCCCCCAGGCGGGGCGACAGGCAUCGUGCCCCCAGGCGGAGCGGCGGGCGCCGGACCCCCAGGCGGAGCGACAGGUCUCGGGCUCUCAGGCGGAGCGGCGGGCGCCGGACCCCCAGAUGGGAGCGACAGGUCUCGGGCCCUCAGGCGGAGCGGUGGGCGCCGGACC